AUCUAUAACUUUUAAAUCAAAAGAAAAAAAUAUUAAGAGAAGAGAAGAAAGCAAGUAAAGUUAAGUGGCAUUAACUUAAAUAUAGAUAGGACAAGAGAGAGAAAAGCAGCAUAUGAAAGGAAAAGGUAGGAAGGUGACAGGAAGGAGGAGUAAGUUUUGAACUGAUACGGAAAGAAGCAUAGCGUUCAGACAUAAGAGUGAUGCCCAUUCACAAACAGACACAAAAAGAGUGAGCAGCCCUUGGGUGCGGUGUUUCCUUUUCCACAAACAUCCAAAAUCUCACACUUGUAUUUAUUAGAGAGAGGACGAACUUUAUUACCAAUUGGUGGAGCUUAGUCACACAAAUACAAAUAUUAUUUUUUUGGUAUUUUAAGUUCUUUCUCUUGGGGCUAUGGCUUUAUAUUUAUAAUUACCUGCAUGUACUUAAAUAAUAACACAUCGUCACACUAAGCUGCCACAUUAAUCAUUAUCAGCUCAGCAUACACUAUAAAACUUCAGUUCUGGUUUCAACAAAUUCGGAAUCCAAAGACAAGUUGGAGGUGCGACAAAAGUAUUAAAAUGGACUUACUUCUCCUACUUCAUAGCUCACAUGACAUGAACUAGCAUUGAGCGUAUUAACUAGCUUAGCUUUACCCAUGCUCCUCUCCUUAACUCUUAUUAUAUCCUCUCUCCCUCUACCUCCACCUUAUUUCUAACAAACAACAAUAAACCAAAUUGAGCAGGUUUCACUUAACUCUUUUUCCAUGCAUUUGCAUUUGCAUGGCCACUUUCAAAUUCACCAUUUAUCUUCCCCUACUAUGACUUGAACAUCAACACGUAGUUAGCUAGCUAGAAUGUUCUGCAGGGCUCAAGGAUCAUUUCUCUCUCAUCUCAACUUCAUUCCUAGCUAAAUUCUUUAAUCGUCACAAUGGGGCUUGUGGAUUUAUUUUUUGUUGCAUCUGCUCCGGUUUUGAAAGUGCUAUUGUUGACUGCACUUGGCUCAUUUCUAGCACUGGAGCCUAUAGAUAUCUUGGGGGAGAAUGCAAGGAAGCAAUUGAAUACUGUGGUAUUUUUUGUGUUCAAUCCGGCACUUGUGAGUAGCAACCUGGCUAAAACAAUAACUUUUGAAAGCGUUGUUUUGUUGUGGUUCAUGCCAUUCAAUGUUCUGGGUACAUUCUUAAUUGGCUCAGCACUAGGUUGGGUGCUGAUUAAAAUCACAAGACCUCCCCAACAUCUGAAGGGCCUCAUAUUGGGUUGCUGUGCGGCAGGGAAUAUGGGAAAUUUGCCUAUAAUUAUCAUCCCAGCAGUAUGUAGAGAGAAAGGCAGUCCAUUUGGAGCACCUGAUGUCUGCCAUACAUAUGGAAUGGCUUAUGCUUCACUUUCUAUGGCGAUUGGAGCCAUUUAUUUGUGGUCCUAUGUUUACAAUAUUGUGAGGAUUUUCUCAAGUAAGGUCAACGCAGAUGAGUUCACUAGCAAUAAGAAGCCUAACGGGGCCACUUCAAAAUUACUCCAUGGAAAUUCCUCAGAAGCAGUUCUUCCUUCAGAAAACUGUUCUGUCUCUGUGGACAAUGCAAAUAAACUAAUGCUUCCUUCUGAGGAGGAAAAGAAGGGACCAAUCUUAUAUGCAAUUAAGCACUACUUAAGGGUGUUUUCAAGAAAGAUCAAUCUCAAGGCAUUGUUUGCACCUUCAACAACUGGAGCGAUGGUUGGGUUUAUCAUUGGCGUGGUUCCCCAGAUCAGAAACCUAAUUAUUGGUGGUGAUGCUCCUCUACGUGUGAUCCUGGAUUCUGCUUCUUUUCUGGGUGAAGCAGCCAUCCCAACUCUCACUCUGAUAUUAGGAGGAAACCUUCUUAAAGGUUUGAGAGGUUCAGGUAUUCUGCAGCCACUAAUCUUUGGCAUCAUAGCAGUUCGGUAUAUUUUCCUGCCUCUCUUAGGCAUUAUCAUCGUUAAAAGUGCAAUACGUUUUGGUUUGGUUCACUCAGAUCCAUUGUAUCAGUUUGUUCUUCUACUUCAGUAUGCACUUCCACCAGCAAUGAACAUAGGCACAAUUACCCAAUUGUUUGGAGCUGGGAAGAGUGAAUGUUCUGUGAUCAUGCUGUGGACAUAUGCUUUCGCGUCAGUUUCACUGACACUUUGGUCAGCCUACUUCAUGUGGCUAGUUGUUUGAUCUGUUUCUCUACAUAAAGUUUGAGAUAUCAAUCUAAGUAGGUUCCUCCAGCCCCUUAAGCCAGGAAUUUAUGAUAGCUGUAGCUUCUUAACUAUUGUUGUAGAAUAGUACUUGAGUAAUCCAUGAUUAAACAAUAUCAUUUUAAAAAUUUUUUUUUUCUUUCAGGCUCUCAAAUGUCAUUUCGGCUGUUCCUUAGAUUUCGUUGUUGCAUAUUAAUAAACAGCCUCAUAAUGCAAACCAGGGGGCACGAAAUGCAGUUGGAAUAGACAUUUCAAAAAAGGUUUCUCAUAGCCAACGAUGGAAUGGAAACACAAAAGUUAAACAGUAUUCAUAACUAGUUCUAGCUCAUGCCUAUAGCAUAUAUGAGAUGAAUGGUGAGAAGCAUGGUAAAAAACAACCAGCAAAUGGGAUCAGAAUCAUCAGAUGAGUAUAUGGAGAAGGAUAAGAUCAGGAUCAAACAGAAAAUUAUCAGGGAAUUUCAUUUUGAUUAAUAACAUUGGCAAAACAGAUAGCAUAUAUCAGAAAUAUCAAAUAAGAAGUCCAAAAAAUAAGCAUCAGGUAAAUCAAAAUUACUACUGCCAGUACAAGUAAAAAAGGUCAGAGAGAGGAUUUAUGAACCUUGAGAUAACUCUUUAAGAAUCAUUGCUGAAGUUGGAGAGGUCAGACUCAGAGCUUCGAGCAAUUGACAUCUGAGGAAUCCAUGGCUCAGAUUAGGAGUAACUGAAAUAACUUAACUGUAGUGCAGUCAAUGGAUAACAUAAUAAUUAUUACAAUGUCAAAACUAAGGUGCUGAUUCCCAAAGACAAGGCCACAGUAGGAGUAGGAUUGGCAGUAGAAAAUAUAAAUUCCAGAAUAUGAUGUUGUUUAAGGGGUUUUGGAUGUGCAAUGGACAAGGAUGAAAGGAAAUGAAAUGUUGGAAAGUAACAUCAUACUGUAACAAUGUUUCAAUGCCUCUCAUGUUAGGGGGAUUGAGCAGAAGAAGAAAAAAUUAUGUCAUGAAAAAGUGAUAGAAUGCUCUUGGUACAGUGCACUAACCACAACUCAACAUGUGAAUCCCCUG